CAGCCUCAGACCUGUCUGUUAACCCUGCUGUCUGCCUACUAACAGAAGCCAGAGCCCUUAAGGGUCCAGCCUACCAGCAGCACGCAGCCCUUGGAUUUCUGAAAGCCUUCAGAGCUGGCAAAGCGCCCACCAGGACAGACCCAAGACUGCUGUGUGGUCAGCGAAGCCUGAGAACUCUUCAGUACUGAGGCAGUGAGGAGGAGCUGACACAUCCAAGCCACAGGGAGAGGCAGCACAGACCUGAGACCCUAGCAUCCACAAUACCUGACAAGGGCAAGAGACCCUCUGCCAGUCCCCAGAUCCACAGGAGAAUAGGUUGGCCCAAGGGCCUGGUGUGGCAGAAUGGAUGUUUCUUCUGAGCAGGGCAGGGCACUGGUGCUUGUUCGAAGGCAGCCUCCGGUGCCCAAGGGCCUGCUGGAGACACUGAAGGCCAGGCUGAAGCAGAGCUGCACCUGUAGCAUCCCAUGUGCCCAGGCACUGGUACAGGAUCUGCUCCCUGCCACACGCUGGCUGCGCCAGUACCGCCUGCAGGAGUACCUGGCAGGUGACAUCAUGUCUGGGCUGGUCAUUGGCAUAAUCCUGGUGCCACAAUCCAUUGCCUACUCCCUGCUGGCUGGGCUGCAACCCAUCUAUAGCCUCUAUACCUCCUUCUUUGCUAACCUCAUCUACUUCCUCAUGGGCACUUCACGCCAUGUCAAUGUGGGCAUCUUCAGCCUGCUGUGCCUCAUGGUGGGGCAGGUGGUAGACCGGGAGCUCCAACUGGCCGGCUUUGAUGCUUCCCAGGACGCCCUAGGACCCAGGGACAACAGCAGCAUUCUCAACAACUCAGCCACCACAUUGGUGUUUGGGCUGCAGGACUGCGGGCGGGAAUGCCACGCCAUCCGCAUCGCCACUGCCCUCACACUGGUGGCCGGGCUUUAUCAGGUCCUCAUGGGUAUCCUCCGGCUGGGCUUCAUAUCUACCUACCUUUCACAACCCCUGCUUGAUGGCUUUGCCAUGGGGGCCUCUGUGACCAUCCUGACCUCACAGUUUAGGCACUUACUGGGUGUGAGGAUCCCCCGACACCAGGGCCCAGGCAUGGUGGUCCGCACAUGGCUGAGCCUGCUGCAGAGUUUGGGUCAGGCCAACAUAUGUGACGUGGUCACCAGUAUUGUGUGCUUGGUAGUGCUGCUGGCAGCUAAGGAACUCUCAGAUCGCUACCGACAUCGCCUGAAGGUGCCAGUGCCCACAGAGCUGCUGAUCAUUGUAGUGGCCACGCUUGUGUCUCACUUUGGGCAACUCCACACACGGUUUGGCUCAAGUGUGGCUGGCAAUAUCCCUACUGGUUUUGUGGCCCCGCAGGUACCAGACCCUAGGCUAAUGUGGCGUGUGGCACUAGAUGCAGUAUCCCUGGCCCUCGUGGGCUCAGCCUUCUCUAUCUCACUGGCAGAAAUGUUUGCCCGCAGCCACGGCUACUCCGUCCGUGCCAACCAGGAGCUGCUGGCUGUGGGCUGUUGCAAUGUGCUGCCUGCCUUCUUCCACUGCUUUGCCACAAGUGCCGCUCUAUCCAAAACCCUUGUGAAGAUAGCCACUGGAUGCCACACCCAGCUAUCCAGUGUGGUCAGCGCUGCUGUGGUGUUGCUGGUGCUGCUGGUACUGGCUCCACUGUUCCAUGACCUGCAAAGGAGCGUGCUGGCCUGCAUCAUUGUAGUCAGCCUGCGGGGGGCCCUGCGGAAGGUGAAAGACAUCCCAAGGCUGUGGCAGCUGAGCCCAGCUGAUGCUCUGGUCUGGGUGGCCACUGCAGCCACUUGUGUGCUGGUCAGCACAGAGGCCGGGCUGCUGGCUGGGGUGUUCUUCUCGCUGCUCAGCUUGGCAGGCCGCACACAGCGUCCUCGGGCAGCCCUGCUUGCUCGCAUUGGAGAUUCAGCCUUCUAUGAGGAUGCUGCUGAGUUUGAGGGCCUGCUGCCCCAGCCCGGGGUGCGGGUGUUCCGCUUUGCUGGGCCACUGUACUAUGCCAACAAGGACUUCUUCCUGCGAUCACUGUACAGCCUCACAGGGCUAGAUGCAGGGCGUUCAGCUGCCAGGAGAAAGGAGCAGGGCCCAAAAGCAGGUGGUGGUGAGAGAGAUCUUGUUAAUGGCAAGAGCAUGGAUUCAGUGAGUAGCAGGGCCAGGCUGGCAUUGCCCCUGGCAUUUGGUUUCCACACAGUGGUCAUUGACUGUGCACCACUACUGUUUCUGGAUGCAGCUGGCAUAGCCACACUACAGGACCUGCGCAGAGACUACCGAGCCCUAGGAAUCACUUUGUUUCUGGCCUGCUGCAGCCCCUCAGUGAGGGACACAUUGAGGAAAGGUGGCUUCCUUGAGGAGGACCAGGAGGUUGAGGAUGAGCAACUGUUCCCCAGUGUGCACAAUGCUGUGGAGGCUGCCCGUGCUUGUCAUGAGGAGCUGAUGGCUCUUGACUCUGCCCUUUAACAGAGCUAGGGCCGCUUACCACCUCAGCUCCCUCAUGGAAUCAAGACCCAUGCCCACAGUCACGACUGAGCCCCUUCCCAGUAGCCAUGUGAAGCCAAGACUCCUUAAAAGAUGCAUUCUUCCGCCACCUGUACCCUGGAAAAUCCAGGGAACCCCUACUAGGAAAGUAGCACCCUAAACACACGCAUAGGCCCCAAACACCCAGUGAUUAAAACCUCCCACCGCUUGGACAAGUGCUGCCCCCUAGUGCCCACUCCGGUGAUUGCACCCAAACGGUGCCUCAGUCUGUGUGGUGCCCAGUUGGACACUGUGCUGCCAUCUUAUUAGAAUAUAGUCCUGUAUAUUACAUGGCGUCCAAGGUGCUGAAGAGACACUUUUCUGAGCCUAUCAAGCCCCUGCCUCACCAGGAAGCUGGAUAUGUGGUCAAGGGGUGAAAGAUUGUAUUACUGAAGGCCAUACACACCCAAGUGCUCCUCAGAACUGGUGCUCAUCUCCAGUGGGACCUCACAGGCCAGUCACAUGCUCUAGAGCAGCCUAAGGAUCAAAAAUGAUCUCACCAACUCAGCCCCAGCCUGGCUUCCUACACAGCCCAACAAAUGACCAUAGCAUGGCACACGCGAGACACACACAAAGCCAGGCACGGUGGGCCCCACCCCCACCAUGAACCUCCAAUUAGGGGGAAGCUAGUUGUGCUCCAUCCAGGGACUGCCCUUGGCACACUAGACCCCUGGGCCUGCCCCGGCACAGACAGGAUGUUCCUAUCCUCUCCCCAUCAGCAAGUAUAAGGGCAGUGUGUCCCCACAGUCCUCAACUCUCACCCAGCACUGUCCUCCACAGCUGGCCCUCACCAGGCCAGGUGUACGUCCUCAGCACCUAGGACGAGUUUAGGCCAGCAGCCCCCAGGGCACCCACCUCAGCAUCACCCACCUGGCUGUGAUGAGAUCCAGCAGCCAGUGUAUUCGGACCUGUUCAAUGCCUCUGUGAGGGACAGCACCUAUGUAGGCAAGAUUCAGCUGUUGGUCCCAACUAAGGUUGUACUGGUCAGCCUGGUCGUGCGGCAGUGGAGGGCUGGAAACGACAGAAGAGCAGGCCUGGAGGAAUGGCUUAGUGGUUAAGGCAUUUGCCUGCAAAACCAAAGGACCUAAGUUCAAUUCCACCAGACCCACGCUAGCCAGAUGUACAAGGAGACGUGGGUUCAUUUGCAGUGGCCCGGAG